UUUAACUGUGACUACAGCUUUUCGUUCCAUCUAAACAAAACGCAUGUGGUUAAACUGAAGAAAAAUACCAGUAGUUUAUUGGAGAGAAAAGUUUAUGAAAUCUGCCACCUAAACGUCACAGAGUGGAAAAAUAAUUACCCAUAUUCACCCUGAAGCAGAUUGAUGAAUAAACCUGCAUUUUGGCAUGCAUGAUUAAGAAUUUACUAGUGAGAUUUAUAUGCUGAAAAUAAAUAGAAAAUGAACAUGAUGUAUUUGAUUUCAUAGUAUAUUUCAGGUUAACAAUUAGUUAAAGUGAUCUUUCUAUUGAAUUGCUUUGAAGCAGAACCUUGAAGCAUUUAGAAAAUGGGGCCCCCAAUGAAGCUUUUAGAUGACUCUUCAGACGAAGAGCCUGAAAAUGAAUUUACCAUAAAUAAAAAUUAUGCCGAAAGAUAUGAUAUAUGGCGAAAUAAAGAAGAACUCCAGAAACUGAAAGAUCUCAGCAAAGAAAUCAGCAGUUCCUCUUCAGAGAGUGAAGAAGAAGAGGAGCCUGAAAUCGAAAAAGAUUUUCUCAAGACCUUAAGCCUGUUGAAAAGUAAAGAUCCUAGAAUUUAUGAUGAGAGCACUGAAUUUUUUAAAGAAGAAGCUACUCCAAAGAAACCCAAAGCUAAAAAAGAAAAGCCAAUGUUUAUGAAAGAUUAUGAAAGGAAAAUUGUACUUGAACAAAAUGGUAUGUUUGUUGAUGAAGAAGAUGAUGAUGAUAAUAAUAAAGAAUUGCCUGAGAGGCAACUUUUGACAAAUAAGGAAGAAGAAGAAAUCAAAAAAAGUUUUAUUGAAGCAGCGCCAGAUUCUGACGAAGAAGAUGAGUUGUUUCAAGUCAGAACAAAAACGAAAGUUGAAGAAGAAAAGGAAGAAGCUGACUAUAAGCAGUGGUUAGAAACAGAAAAAGAUUUGUUGUUCCUGAACAAAUGCUGGAAUGAUCCGAAAAUAGACGAGGAUGAAAAAUUUUUGAGGGAUUAUAUUUUGAAUAAAAGAUAUCUUACUGAUGAUAAACCGGGCGAAAUACCAAUGUAUGAUGAAAUCACGCAGGAUAUUGAUCUCUUGAACGAGGAUGAAAAAGACUUGGAGAAACAAGAGAUAUUUGAGCAUAAGUACAAUUUUAGAUUUGAGGAGCCUGAUGAGGAAUUUAUAAAAAGUUACCCUAGAACCAUAGGGGAUUCAUUAAGAAGAGAAAACAACAAAAGAAAACAAAAACGGGAGGAAUAUACAGAAAGAAAAAAGAAAGAGAAAGAACAGAAGAGAGAAGAGCUGAAACGUCUGAAAGCUCUAAAAAGAAAAGAAAUAGAGGAAAAGUUUCUAAAACUGAAGGAAGCUAGUGGACAAGAUCAGUUGAAUUUGGAUGAAAGUGAUAUAGAAAGUGAUUUCGAUCCUGAUAAACAUGAUCAGAAAAUGAGAGAAAUGUUCAAUGAGGAUUAUUAUAAUGUAGAAGAGGAACAAAAACCAGAAUUUGAAUAUGACGAGGAGAUUGAUGAUGAAAACUGGGAUCGCUGGACAAGGGAUCAGAAGAAUUAUUCUCAGAAUGCAAUGAAUGAAGAGGAGGAAAAUGACGGAGAAAGUUACAGUGAAGAAGAAGAAGAGAAUAAUUCAAAAAAAGAUUUGAGAUCUCAGUUUGAACAGGAAAUGAUUGAUUCAACUUCUAAUAAUAAAAAAAGGAAGGGCCGAAAAAAGUCUUUGUUCGCUAAAAUACUUUCACAGCCUAAACCAUUGUAUGAUCCUAAUGGUAAAUCAUUCGAUGAGUAUUUGGACGAAUAUUAUAAAUUGGAUUAUGAAGACAUAGUUGGUGAUAUGCCUGUGCGAUUUAAAUAUAGAAAGGUGGUUCCGAAUGAUUUUGGCUUAACCAUUGAUGAAAUUUUGGCCGCUCAGGACAAAGAAUUAAAUCGUUGGUGUUCUGUUAAGAAAACGUGUCAAUACAGAGACGAUAAAGAUGAGAUAUAUGAUGUUCAGGCAUUUAAAAAGAAAGCACAAAAUUUCGAAACGAAAAAGAAGAUUUUGGCCAGCGUUUAUACGCCGCCUGAAGAAGAAAAAAUUUCGCAGACAAACACAGAUAAUUCUAAUGAAGCUGCGAGAAAACCGAAAAAGAAGAGAAAACGAUCUAAGAAAAAGAAAGCUAUAGAAAAUUCAGAUAAUUUGGAAGAAAAUACGAAUUCAGAGCAAAAUGCAAACUUAUCAACCGAAAACACAGGCACUAAUGGAUAUCCAGAAUCAUCCAUUGAAGUAAGCGAUCAGGCCAAGCGUAAAAAGAAAAAGAAGAAAUCUUUAACAAAUUUGCCGGAAGCAAUUCCCAGACCAGAUUUGCGUGAAAAUGAAAAUGGAUUCAGUGAAGAAGAUAUGCAACAAAAUGCUUCAGGGCAGGAACAUAAUGAUGAGGAUAUUGAAGCCGAAACCAACCAAAACUCGGUAAAAAAUGUUAAAAAGAAGAAGAAAAAUAAAAUGAAGACCUUGGAAGACACUGAAUCAGUUCCAAACAUUGAAUCUUUUAUAGAAUCUGAUGCCAUGAAUGAAAGUAAUAUAAAAGGUAAUAAAAAGAAGAAAAGAAAGAAAUCACAAUUCUUAGAGGAAGAUGCUUCUACUACAGAGAAUUAUGAUGAAUUUGAAAUGAGUGAAAAUGUAAUUAGUAAGAAGAAAAAGCGGAAGUUUGAAUCUUUGGAAAAUGAACAAUCAUCCAGUUUCGCUGAAAAUGAUGAUGAUGAAACAGAAACUGACAAUCAUCAAGAUGUGGUGAAAAAGAGAAAACUAGAUUCUGUUGAAGAAACAGAUUUACUUUCAGUUAAAAAGCCAAAUAAAUCUUCGGUGAAAAAGCCAAAAAGUGUGAAUAGUAUAAGGACAAAUUUUUCAUUAACUCAGCAAAAUGCAGCAAAAUCCAUCUAUGGUGAAAAUUCUGUUGAAAUUGACACAAACCGAAAAAAGAAAAAGCGAAAAAAUAAUCAGCAACAAUCUUUCGGUUCAAAACCACCACAGAAACGAAACUUUUAUUCUCAGAAAUUUCAAUACAAUCAGAAACAGAAUGAUACUAAUUCAAUACAGAUUGUGGACAAUUCUGGCAAAAAGAUUGUUUCAUCUAAUACCAGAUUAAGUGCUUUUGAAAUUAAUCCCAAAAAAUUUAAAAAUAAAUUAAUUUAUGGUAAAAACCAAACAUAAAAGAAAGUGCUAGUGUUUUUUAAAAAUGUUUUAGCAUCUAUGUUAAAUUUUAAAAAUUCUUAAUUAAAAUGUUGU